AUGAGCGGUUCAGAUUCUGAUGAUGAGAAUGUAAUACGUUACGGAACCCCGUUGGAGCCAUACGAAGAAGAUGAACUACCUACAAAACGUAAGUUCCAAGAGCAGGUUGAUCAAUUUGCCGUGGAUGCAAAUGGCAGGCGUAGAUUCCAUGGAGCUUUUACGGGGGGCUUCUCAGCGGGGUUUGGAAAUACUGUGGGGUCAAUGGAAGGUUGGACCCCCAGCACUUUUAAGAGUUCAAGAUCAGAAAAAGCUCGGGUUUCUAAUCGACGCCCUGAGGACUUCAUGGAUGAAGAAGACCGCAGUGAGUUUGGGAUUGCACCGCGCCUCUUGCAGACACAUAACGAGUUCUCUGGACAGAAGAGACCCCGACAAAGGACUUAUCAUGAUGGACCAAUCCCUGGGGAGCCGGUACUACAACAACUAGUGAGAGCAGUUCACGAAACAGCAGCAGUAAAGAUGCUACGAGCCAUGGGCUGGCGAGAAGGUCAGGGCACUGGGGAGAGACUCAGCAAGUCUCAGAAAAAGAUGGCCAAGAAGCAACAUAAAGUCUAUGGAUGUUAUAUGCCAGAGGAAUUGAAACAGGAUCGACCAGAAUCUGAAGAAGACUCCUCCAGUUCUUCAGAAUACGACUUUGACACUUUAUUCGCGCCAGACGACUAUGAGCCUUAUAUUCUUAAUCGUAAGGAUGAUCGCUUCGGGCUCGGUUACUCAGCGCUAAGUCGACACUCCGUGCUCGGGAACCUAACAGGAGAAUAUGGUAGUGAGGCAGGCUCUUGUAAAAGUCAUUUGAAUAUGAGAGAUAAAGGCAGAAAGGUAUCAAUUCGUGGUCAAGCGUUUGGUGUUGGCGCGUUUGAAGCUGAUGAUGAAGAUAUUUACGGUACAGAAGACAUGUCUCACUAUGACUUCGCUAUUGGUGGACCAAGUCCAGUCAAUGAGAAGAAACAAAUCAAGGACACCAGUAAAAACGUGCUUCCAGGGUUUGUAAAAGCCGUCAAGCCUUUUCCGUCGGUGCCUGCGCACCCACCCCCCGCCCUGCCCCGCGACUACGUGCCGUCUGCUGCAGGAGUGAGGCGGUCCAGAUUCGAGCCAACUACUCACAAGGAGAGAGACCAAGGACUGGGUCGCCACGAACUAACAGCUGAAGCUAGAGGAACACUUCUUGGAGAAACACCGAUUAAGCCAUUGCCCGACCCUCCCAUGGAAACGCAAACACCACCGCAAAAAGAGGAUCUCACAAAGAUAUUAGGUAGAAAUAUUAAUUUCACAACAACCGCAGAGAAGAAGGAAUUAGACUUCAUAUCGAUUGCUGAUACAGGCAAAGAAGUACAAAAAGUGUUCAGGCCUUUUGCUGGUAACAUGGAGAAACAAGCCCGGUAUGAAAAGUAUUUGGAAGAUAGAGGUAGUACGAAGGAGGGAGACAACAGUAUAGAUAAACUAAGCCAGUGGGAGCGAGAAAGAGAGCUGGUGGAGUUUGAACAAGCUGCUAAGUUAUAUAGACCACUGAGUGGUAUUAUGGGGGAUAGAUUUACCCACGCAUCAGAACCUGACGAUGCAUUAAACCCUCUGACUGCAGUGGCCAAGAGCUCAUCGAAUCAUGGUUUGGCAACUAAAGAGCAGAUGGAUGCAGCACAACGCGGGGUGUACGGCGUUAUGACGAGACUCCAGACAGAGUGGAGACCAGAGUCACUCGUGUCAAAGAGGUUUAACCUCCCUCAAGUUGGAGGUGUUAGAUUAGAACAGCAAAAAGAAGACAAACCAAAAGUUUCAUAUUCAAUCUUCUCGUACCUAGAAUCAUCUGUUCAUGACAAGGACAGUUUCGCAAGAGAGCAAAGCAAAUUCAGUGGCUCAAAAUCAAUGUCCAUCAACACUUCCAAAGUUGACCAAACAAAGACAGUAGAUCGUAACUUGAAUACUGAGAAUAAAACAUCUGACCUCAAUGUAGAUCAGAGCAAAAGAGUUGAUCACACACAGACAGUUACAGGGUUUACAAAGAGAAUGACAGUUGCAGAAAUGUUUUUAAAAGAGUCCGAAGAGAAUAAAAAACAAGGGGUUGAAGUCACUGAAACAAUAAAUAAAUUCGAUAAAAUGGAUUUGUAUAAAUCCAUAUUCCUAAGCGACAGUGAAGACGAACCUUUAGAAGCUAAACAACAAACCAGCGAUAAAACAGAUUUCAUCGAUGUUCCAAAAAAUAUUGAAAGAAACAAUUCCCCUCCUCGUGGCAUUUUUGCUAAUAUAAAUUUUGAUGAACUGAAUUCUUGGAAAAGAAAAGACGAUAAGCCAGUAACCAAUCCAUCAAAUGCUAUAGACAUAAAAAAAUCAGAGACAAAAGAUUUUAGUUUAGAGGAAGAAAUGUAUGGGCCAAAAAUUCCAGAAAAUAUUAAAAAAAGAUUGCUAUCUGAGGGUUCUAGCAGUAAUGUAAAGGAGAGUAUUGAAGUGGGCUCGUCAUCAAGCGAAGACUCGUGGGUAGAUGUUAAUGAACUAAAAAGUAAAAAGACAAAAAAGAAGAAAAGUAAAAAACAUAAGUCUAAACAUAAGAAAAAGUCUAAAAGUAAGAAAAAGGAUAGAUGA